CGCACUUUGACCCCGCCCAACGCGUUGUUGGGGAUUGCCCAGUUAAUUUCAUCGUAAAUUCCCCGUCAAACUCAUCACAAAUAGAGUCCAACUGAAAGAGAAAUUAGGAGUUGUGAUUCUCUACCAAGAAGAUUGCUUUGAUAUCAAGUGCAACUGAAGAUUUGUUAUCUGCAAACAAGCCCUUGAGAAUUGAAUCAACAAUUAACUUCUUCUCUAAAGACGUUCAAAGAUCUCUCAUCAUGGAUUCCCAAAGAAUUAGCAAACAGCAGUUCGCCAACAACUUCUUAAAAACUCUCCCACCUGAGCUGAGCCUCUAUAUCCUCUCCAUUGUAGACAUUGAGAGUCUUUGUGCUGCAUCCCAAACAUGUAAGAAUUGGAACAAUGUAAUAGAGAACACGGACUACCUCUGGAAACUCCUUUGUGAGCUCAACUGCGAAGACUGGACAGAUGUGGUAGAGGACAGAGCAAGUGGAUACUCAUGGAAGGAAACUUUGCAACGUAACUUCAAGCAUCAUGCUAUCAGGAGAAAAUGGAUCAGAGGGGAUUUCAGUAGCUUCAAAUCCUAUGAAGACCUGCCUGGGCGAAUCAUGUGCAUCAUGGACCGACACCAAUGGGGACAAAUUUUUGAGCAUGAACUCAGCAGAUAAAGUAUCAAUAGUCUGUACCGCAUCGUGCAUGUUUUUUUUUUUUUUUACAUCAAUCAAUAUCUUAUCAGACAAAAACCCUUUUUGAUUAUUGUAGAUUAGUUUGUUGGUUGAGUCAUCCAUACACUAACAAAGAAUGCCUAUUGGAUUAAAUUCAAGCUCUGCACUGGUACUCUAGGAUUGCAGUAUAAAUGCUAUUAUGAUGGGAAACAGUCAGUCUAUUAAAGAUACUAACUUCCUAUAUUUGAAUAUUUAUCAACAACAAUCAUAUUAUGAUGGGGAGGUAUGGAACUUGAUGUGACAUGUAGAUUAGAAAGCCUAUAUGGUAUGUGCUAUAUAUGGUUUCUUCAGAUUCCCAAAAGCAUCCAAUGUUUGGAGUUUCUGAAUUUUAUCAGUGUUUUAUCACAGUUUGUACUUCAUAGAUAAUUCUUGAACUACAGGUUCUCCUAGUCUUCAUAUCAUUUAAAUAAUUCAUAGAUUAUAAGUUUAUGAAAAAUGUGUUAAACUUGUAUAUAAUAAUAUUUUUUUAAAUAAAUUUUUUAACAACUUUUGCUAGAAAGCUAUAGAUAGACACUCUAUAUAUUUACAUUAUAUAGACAUAUAUAUAUAUAUAUAUAUUAUUUGACAAUGUGCAAUUAAAAAGUUUGAUAAUUUUUAGAAAAAAAUGUAGAUCCCAGCUAAAGUUUACUUCUGAAGAAAGUCUUUUUAAGAUCACUAAUGUUUGUUGGAAAAUUUUUAUUUUGAAAUUGAGUUGGUAUAGUAUUUAUGUCUCAAUCUUACCAUUUGCUCUUUUGGUAGCUUUUGUUUUUCUCAAUAUUUUAAAAGUACAAUUUAAUUUUUGAAAAUAUAUCUUGAAAAUAAAUCAAUUAGGUGAUGGGGACACAGUAUUAUAUGUUUAUUACCGUAUGUAUUAUAUAUGUAUUUCUUCAAAAAUACACCACUUGUAAUGAUAUACAGAAUUUUAGGAUAACUCAUAGAAUUCUUAUUAUCUUUAUGGUAAGUGAGUAUAAUUUGUUACAUAUGAAACAGUUAUUUUUCUUAUAUCACAUGGUUCUUAUUUCUUACACUCUCUUCC